AUGCCGGUCCGUUUCUACCUCUCCCCCAACCGCGAAGACGGCACUGCGUCCAUUCUGGUGUCCGAGCCGCUGGACUAUGAGACCACACCCGUCUUCUCUCUCCGGGUUCGAGCACAGAACGUGGCUGCCGUGCCUCUCGCAGCUUUCACUACAGUUUAUAUCAACAUUACAGAUGUCAAUGACAACGUGCCAUUUUUCACCUCCUCCAUCUACGAGGCCUCAGUAACAGAAGGAGCUCAGAUAGGGACUUCGGUUCUACAAGUGUCCGCUCACGACAAAGACCUGGGUCUGAAUGGAGAGAUCACUUACUCCCUGCUGAUUGACAGCAGCGGGGACCACCAUCUGUUCCGCAUAGACCCAACACUUGGGACCAUCUACACAGAAGCUGUGUUUGAUCGUGAGGCCCGUGGCUCCUAUUUGCUGGAGGUUCAGUCAGAAGACGGCCAAGAGUCGGCGCGACCUGGCAAAAACAAACAGCCCAACUCAGACACAGCGUAUGUCAGGGUUUUCAUCAGCGACGUCAACGACAACAAACCAGUCUUUGCUCAGCGACUGUAUGAAGUCGGUGUCGAUGAAAAUGCAGAUGUGGGCCUGGCUGUUGUCACUGUUAGUGCUAAUGACGAGGAUGAAGGAGCCAAUGCCAAACUGCGCUACCAGAUUACAUCUGGCAACAAAGGAGGUGUUUUUGACAUUGAGCCAGAGGUGGGGACGAUCUUUAUUGCACAGCCACUGGACUAUGAACAGCAGAAGAGAUACAAGCUACUGGUCCUCGCCUCCGAUGGGAAGUGGGAAGACUACGCCGCUGUGGUGGUUACCGUGGUUAACAAGAACGACGAGGCGCCUGUCUUCUCCAUGAAUGAGUACUAUGGAUCCGUCACAGAGGAGCUUGACGGGUCCCCUGUGUUCGUGCUACAGGUGACAGCGAAUGACCCCGACAAAGACGCAGACCAGGGUGCCAUCCGGUAUUCCAUUCACGGCCAAGGGGCAGAGUCACACUUCAUGAUCAAUGACCUCACGGGGGAGAUGUAUGCCCAGCGCACCAUGGACCGGGAGCAGCGUGCCGUCUGGCGCUUCGUUUCAUGGCAACGGACGAAGAGGGGCGAGGGACUUACUGGCUUUACGGAUGUUAUUAUCAACGUGUGGGACAUCAAUGACAAUUCCCCCGCCUUCACGUGUGUGCCUGAUAAUUGCCACAGUAGCGUUGUGGAGAACUCCCCUCCUGGAACCUUUGUUGUGGAAAUGACGGCGUUAGACCUUGACGACGCAGCAGUAGGUCAGAACGCAAUCCUCACGUAUCGCAUUACAGAGAAUGUGCACAACGCAAACAAGGAAGACCUUUUCACUAUUGAUUCCAGCACCGGCACCAUAUCUGUGGCGGCAGAGGGUCUGGACCGGGAGGUUGCUGAAAGCCACCGUCUGGUAUUGGAGGCCCGUGACGGCGGAGGUAUGGCAGGUUCAGCGACCGCCACUAUAGUGGUGACGGACAUCAACGACCAUGUGCCGAAGUUCAGAGAAGAUCGCUGUGGCGCUCGUGUGCCGGAGAGCACAGAGGUAGACGCUCCUAUCCUGGAAUUGAGCGCCGUGGAUCCUGAUGCUGGCACUUACGGACAGCUGGCCUUCAGCGUGGUGGCAGGAGACCCCGAGCAGCGGUUCUACAUGGUGAGUCACAGACUGGAGCAGACGGGCACCCUGAGGCUGAAGAAGAAGCUGGACUUUGAGAAGCAAGGGGAGCAGCGGUUCAACCUCACCAUCAAGGUGGAGGACUCUGACUUCUCCAGCCUCAUCCACUGCCAGGUUCUUGUGCAGGAUGAGAACGACAACGCUCCCGCUUUCAACCCCACCUCCCACCGGCUCGCCCCUUUGCCCGAGGAUGUAACCGUGGGAACUACUGUUAUUCAGCUCACUGCCACUGACUCAGACUCGGGGCCAAACGGGGACGUUUUGUACAGCAUUCUCCCUCAGUCUGACCCGCAUGGACACUUUACAGUCAGCCGAGACGGCGUGGUCAUAGUUGCCAGGCCUCUGGAUCGGGAGACAGUGGCAGGAUAUGAGCUGGUUGUCAUGGCGACAGACCGGGGUACCCCUGCACAUACUGGCAGUGUCACGGUCCACUUGCCGCUGCUUGACUUGAAUGACAACGGGCCGGAGCUGGAGACAGCCUACGCUCCGGUGCUGUGGGAGAACAGCCCGGCCCCUCAAGUGGUGCGGCUCAGCGGGGGCUCCACUCUGCUGCACGUUGUGGACAGAGACUCCCCAGAGCACGGGCCUCCUUUCAGACUCUCUCUGCCCUCACUUUACUCCACUGACUUCCAUCUGCAGGAUCACGGGAACGGCUCGGCCACGCUCACUGCUCUGAGGAGAUUCGAUAGGGAAAGGCAGAGCGAGUUCCACUUGCCUGUGAUUAUGAUUGACAGCGGCGAUCUGCCAAUGACAGCCACAACACGCUCACAAUCACCAUUGGCGACCUGAAUGAUAACGCCCAUCAGGCAGGAGAGAAAGAUGUCUAUGUGCAUAGCCGCGAAGGGAAGGAUGGCGAAUGCGGCACUGGGGAAGGUGUAUGCCCCAGAUCCUGAUGACUGGGACAACAAGACCUACACUCUGGAGACAAGCG